AUGAGCUGGCACCCGUUCGGAGGACCGUCGCGGUCCGGGGACGAGUGGUUCUCUGUCGGUCUGGCCUCUGACUUUCCCGACCUGGGCUUUGAUGAGGAUAGCCUCUUGGAUAACCGCUUCUGUGGCCCGGACCUGAAGCCCGGGUGCAAGGUGUUUCAUGCACCAAGAGAACCUGGGUCCACAAGGACCGAGAUAGCGAUCGCAGAGGACGACGGUCCGCCCGAAGACGAGGAUCUCAAGGACCAAGUGCUCGUGUUCCAGCACAGGGGCAAGUUCCACGCCAUCGAUCAUCGCUGCCCUCAUUCCUCCUACCCGCUAUCUCGUGGUACACCGUUCGACAUUGAGGACUUUGGAGUCAUGCUCAGCGCCGGCAUAACCUGUCCAAAGCACGCCUGGUCGUUUGACCUCCACACAGGCAUGUCAGAUCGCGCUCGGUACAAGCUCGGCGUAUGGGAGACCCAGGUCCGAGAUGUGAAGCGCCACGGACUCCUCGGAUUGAGCACAGCUAAGAGUGAUGCUGUUUCCGAGCAGCCAGAGAAAGAGGUGUGGGUGAGGAGGAAGCAGAGGAUGGGCUGA